AUGACGCUCGCGACGUUGGCGCAGGCUGCGAGUGUCGCGUACGCGCUUCCGGGCGUCUUGGUGCCACUCAUCUUCGGUGGAGUCGGCGCAGGCACCGUGCAUCGCAAAGCCGUUCUUGCAGCUCACUGCGGCCCAGAGCCUCUUGAAGAGCAUGCGCGCAAGACCGUCGACGCCUUCGCAGAGAACAACAACGAAGUGCAGCUGGUGAACAGCGUGAAGCUGGCGCUGCGGUUGCUGUUUCAAAUCAUGUUCAUGACGGCGCUUGUGUUUGUGCUGUCGGCCGUGUGCGGACAAAACAGCACCGUGAACGUGCUGCGCUCCUUUGAUGAGGCCGCGCUGGACGACGCAAUGGCCCGCGUGUGCCCAAGCGAUUUCACUUUCACCCUCACCGCUGAGGGCCCCUUUCGCUUCAACCAACACGUGCCCUACCGCGUUACCACCAAGCAGGCGUGGGACUUGCUUCCAGAGGCUGUGCAGCGCGCAAUAUCAUCACCGCCUCCAUCACCAGCGACCAGGGCUGGCACUGGUGCGGGUACGAGCACAGCUUCAACCUCCACCGCACCGCCAACACCACCAGCACCAAGUGGCGGCCGUGCACCCAGGCUCACAUGGUUCCAGUGGCUUCGGCACGUGUUGUUGUCACGCCCCAUUGACCAGCUGCUUCCAAGCGACGACGCUAACACCGCGUUUCAGAGGGACGGCAGCACUUCCAACACGAGUGGUGACAACGGCGACGACGACGGCGACACGUGCUUGCUCGCCAUCUACAGGACGGAGCAUCAGCGCAAGCAGUACGAGGGCGUGCGCAGCCCGUUCACCACCACGUGCACCAUCGCCGUCGUGCUUGCCGACCGACACGUGUACUACGACGACUGGGAGGACGUUGUGUUUGAUAUCCCGCCACUGGAAGUGGAUGGCUUCGAUGAGCCCAUGGAUAUCCCCUUUGACUGCCGCCUUCUCACCGCCAUUGUCAAUGAAUACGUGCGUCCGUUUGCCGCCAAGCGCUCCGUCCGCCUCACUGUCGCCGGCGGCAUCCUGGGCGUCACCGCGGCGCUCUCUGCACUGCACACGCUGCUCAUGCUGCUGAUUGUGGCGAGCGUGGGCCGCGCCGUCGUUGCCGGUGUCAUUGGUGCGCCGCACGUGCCCGUGCUCGACUGGAUGCAGCUGUGCCUCUACUCGGGCCUGUUUGUGCCGGCACUUCUCGAUGCGCCUUGGCUGUAUGGGCAGCUGCUCGUGUACUGGGUGAUGACACACAUGCCGGCCGGGCGUGUCACCACCCACCUGCACUACCUGGUGCGCCCCAUGCUCAUCCUCCUCUACACGGAGCUGCAAACCGUUGACAUGCCGAUGAAGAGUGCCGUCGACUUUGGGCUGAGGGGUGUGAUGGCAGUUGCGUUUGCCGCGUUUGCGCUGCGGAAUCACCAUCGCGCCGCGGCCGAGAGAGAUCGCGUCCAGGCCGGAGCACAACAACAACAACAACAACAACAACAACAACAACAACAACAACAACAACAACAACAACAACAACAACAACAACAACAACAGCAGCAGCAGCAGCAACAACAACAACAACAAUAGCGAUGCUUGCAUGUGCGCGCGCGUGUGCUUGACAGAACACGACACAAGUUACACCAAGAGUCGUGAUUUGAUGGAUUCACAUCACAAUGAAUAAAGAUUGUGUAUGUGUCACACGCG